AUGCGUCUACUAUACUAUGACAACGAUGGCAAGCUCAGCCUGGCCGAGUUCUUUGAGAGCAAUAUACCCAAGUAUGCUAUACUUUCGCACAGAUGGGGAGCGGAGGAGGUCAUUUUCAAGGAUCUGAUGGAUAGUACAAGCCAGAAAAAGGCUGGCUAUAGCAAGAUAGACUUCUGUGGAGAACAGGCGAGGCGCGACGGUUUACAAUACUUUUGGGUGGACACUUGCUGUAUCGAUAAAUCGAAUAGCACUGAACUCGCAGAGGCUAUUAACUCGAUGUUUCGCUGGUACCAGGAUGCGACCAAGUGCUACGUUUAUUUGCCAGAUGUUUCGCGAUCUCGCUCCGAUUCGGCCGACGGGUUCAACGAGCCCUGGGAAUUGACAUUUCGGAGAAGCGAAUGGUUUACUCGAGGCUGGACUCUACAAGAGCUUAUUGCGCCGGCAUCAGUUGAGUUCUUCUCGAAAGAAGGGGAGCUAUUAGGUAAUAAGAUAUCCUUAGAAGGAUAUAUCUGCGAGGCAACGGAAAUUCCGGUCAAGGCCCUUCGAGGAAGCCCGUUACGUGAUUUCAGCUUCGCUGAGCGAAUGUCGUGGGCAGCAAAUCGUGAGACUUUUCGCCAGGAAGACAAGGCGUACUCGCUACUGGGCAUUUUUGGCGUCUCUAUGCCACUCAUCUACGGCGAAGGGAAGGACGAAGCAUUUGAUAGGCUUGAAGAGGAGCUUCAUAAACGUGAAAGGAAGCGGAAUCGCGGAAACCUAUCGACUCUUUCGCCGCUUACUUCAGGUUCCACUAAACGAUUGAAGACUCUACACUGCCAGUCGUCUGUUCCUUCUUCUCGCAACUCGAAUUCUCUUAAUCCUGAAACGCCAAUCUAUUUUGAAGACUCUGUGCAUAAUAUCGACGCCACCACGAAACAGUCGCUGAUAGACCAGCUCUACUUCACAAAAAUCGACGAGCGCCUGACAAGUCUAACAGCCGCUCAAGGAACAACCUGCCGCUGGUUCCUCACCAAACCCGAAUACACAUCCUGGAACGACGUGGCGCAACAGUCAGACCACAAUGGCCUCCUUUGGAUCAAAGGCAAUCCUGGCACGGGGAAGUCAACUCUAAUGAAAUUCCUCUUCGAAAAGACCAAGGUCGGCGCAAAAGGCGAUCCCUCACCAAUCACGCUCUCGUUCUUCUUCCUCGCGCGGGGCACGGUCGAGGAGAAGUCGACAAAGGGUCUUUACCGCUCCCUUCUCCACCAGCUGUUCGAGAAGGCGGUGGAGUUAAGAGAUAGUUUAGAGUGGAUGACAGCCGAUGGUGCGAGGGGCAUCCAGCGGAAUGGAUGGCAUGAGGAGGCGUUAAAGCAGACAUUGGCACAUGCUAUUCAGAAGCUUGGGAGUCGGUCAUUGACGAUAUUUGUUGAUGCGCUAGAUGAGUGCGACCAGAGCCAGGUUACGGAUAUGCUUUCUUUUUUUGAGGAUUUAUGCGAUCGCGCGAGAGAAACGCAGGUUCAGCUGCAAAUAUGUUUCUCGAGUCGGCAAUAUCCGACGGUCGUUAUCCAGAAGGGCGUCGAAGUCACCCUCGAUGGUCAAACCGGGCAUAUGGAAGAUAUCAAACAAUAUAUCAAAUCGAAACUCAGGCUAGGCAAGUCAAAGCAAGCCGAGUCACUUGGGUCCGAAAUCUUCGAGAAAUCUUCCGGUAUUUUCCUCUGGGUCGUCUUGGUUCUUGAUAUUCUCAACGCUAAAUAUCCUGGCAAUUCUAUUUCAAUCAAGAAAAUCCGUGAGCGUCUUAAGGAAAUCCCGCCCAAACUGGCCGACUUAUUUGAGAUGAUCCUUACACGAGACGGAGAAAACCUUGAACAAUUGCAAGUCUGUCUUAGAUGGGUCCUUUUCGCGACUCGUCCACUUAAGCCACAAGAGCUCUACUUCGCUAUCCAGCUUACUCUCGACAAAAAAUACUCGAGUUGUUGGGAUCAAGAAGAUAUAGAUUUAGACCAAAUGAAAACUUUCGUCAGAAAUUCUUCUAAAGGCUUGGCCGAAGUCACGCGGAAGGCCUCCGAGGUCCAGUUUAUCCACGAAUCUGUUCGAGACUUCCUACUAGGUAAAUAUGAGGACCAAUGGUCUGGGGCUUCCGGCAAUUUCGUGGGGCAUAGCCACGAAAAUUUGAGAAAUUGUUGCUUGGCUCAAUUGAAUACUUUAAUCGAGAAAGACGUCGAUAUACCGGACCCUCUACCGCAGUCGACGUCCGAGACAAAAGAAAUGCGAGAUGUUAUUAGGAUGAAGUUUCCGUUCUUCGAAUAUUCGGUUAUCAAUAUUCUUUCACACUCUAAUAGCGCUCAGCAGAAUGGGGUAGACCAAGCGGGCUUUUUUUCGGAUUUUCCUCUUCCACGAUGGAUAUGGCUCAAUAAUGCUCUCGAAAAAGACAAAGUUCGGCGAUAUACAAUGUCAGUUAGUAUGCUUUAUCUUCUUGCGGAGAAGAACUUGGCAGACCUUAUACGAGUUCAUCCUGAGAGGAAAUCCUGCUUCAAUAUCGAGGAUGAGCGUUAUGGACUGCCUUUUUUUGCGGCGCUUGCUACUAAAAGUAGUAAAGCUAUCUGCAGUUUUUUAGAUAUCCAAGCAGAAACCCAGCCUUCGAAGUCUCCGCUUUAUAACCUAUGCAAACAGUACUGCCAGGAUAGAAACAAGUGGGCCAACUUCGGACGCAGCUUCUGUUUUUCACAGCGGAAGAGUGUUCCCUCUUAUGCUGCAGAGUAUGGCGACGAGAUACUACUUUCUUUGCUGAUUGAGUUAGGAGGAUAUAUGCCGAAUAGUAAAGACAAGAACGGCUGGACGCCCCUCUACUGGGCCUCAAGGAACGGGCACGUCGAGGUAGUCAAGCUGCUACUCGAGAAGGGGGCCGAUCUAAACGCGGCUACCAAGAGUGGAGAGACGCCCUUCCACCAAGCUUCAGGGAGCGGACACGUCGAGGUGGUCAAGCUGCUACUCGAGAAGGAAGCUAAUCCAGCCGCGGCUGACGAUGGCGGAUGGACGCCCCUCUACCGGGCCUCAGGGAAGGGGCAUGUCGAGGUAGUCAAGCUGCUGCUCGAGAAGGGUGCCGAUCUAGUCGCAGCUGACAGGGGCAGAUGGACGGCCCUCUACUUGGCCUCAGAGAACGGGCACGUCGAGGUAGUCAAGCUGCUGCUCGGGAAGGGUGCCUAUCUAACUGCGGCUAACGGGGGCGGAUGGACGGCUCUCUACCAGGCUUCAAGGAGCGGGCACGUCGAGGUAGUCAAGCUACUGCUCGAGAAAGGGGCUGAUCCAGCUAUAGCUGACGUAGACGGAAGGACACCUCUAUACUAA